AUGGUUCUUGCGAGCCUCAUAGAGUACUCAACGUGGAUCGCCAAACGUCCUUUGAUCCACGGAAGCGAUCAAUACAAGGACACGAACAACGAUCGAAAUGGAUCAAGUGAGGUUUCGUCACCAUUAGAUCAGACCCUGAAAUACACAUUGCCUACUUGGUACCGACAUUCUCAUGUGGUUCAUACUGUUGACUUCAGAGUCAGCCAAAUUUACGAAAGAGAUAAAGGAGACAUGCAAAAAAGAAACCGCACCGAUUCAGUUCUGUGGGGAUACCGAAACGAUGAUGACCAGGAGUUGCCCCCUAAGGACUCGGCCGGCUGGGUAACAGCCGUGAUCCAAGCGUUGGGAACACAUGAUCUGUUGAUAGAGGAGGAACCGAACGACUGGUAUAUUGAUGAGAGGGGAGUGUUCCAGGAGCGCGGACGGGAGAACACCGCCGUUCGUGAUACUAUCUACUGUGGGAUCUCUACUAUAGUGAAACGCAAGUCAGACAACUGA